UUUUUAUUUUUAUUUACUAAUUUUCUUCCGGACAAAGAUGGAGAGCAGUUUCUUCAUAGAGUGCCGCGAGAGCGAGAGGGAGAAGAUUGGGGAUUGAGGGCUCGCUGAGAUCGAGGGAGGAGUGUUUGACGAGGACUGGAUUGCAGCGGGGAGCAGGAGAAGAAAGGCGGAGAUCCGGCGGCCGGCGGCUGAGGAGUUGACGUUCUGUGUUGAGCGGACACUUUAAGCUUUAACGGUUUUGCAGGCCGACGAUGGAAUCUGAGUACGUGAGAAGGCAUCACAAGCAUGAGACGAGUGAGAAUCAGUGCAGCUCUACUGUCAUCAAGCACAUCAAGGCCCCUGUUCAUCUCGUGUGGUCUCUGGUAAGGCGAUUUGAUCAGCCGCAGAAGUACAAGCCCUUUGUGAGUAGAUGCGUGGUUCUGGGAGAUUGGGAAGUCGGAAGUGUUAGGGAAGUUAAUGUGAAGUCUGGCCUGCCGGCUACCACCAGCACCGAGAGGCUGGAGCUUCUUGACGAUGACGAACACAUUCUCGGCAUCAAGAUCGUCGGAGGUGAUCAUCGCCUAAAGAACUAUUCAUCAGUCAUAACAGUGCAUCCCGAGACCAUCGAUGGAAGACCAGGCACUCUGGUGAUCGAAUCCUUCGUUGUUGAUGUGCCGAACGGAAACACAGAAGAUGAGACCCGCUUCUUCGUGGAGGCCCUCAUAAAAUGCAACCUCAAGUCUCUAGCGGAUGUAUCAGAGCGCCUGGCGUUGCAGGAUCGGACAGAGCCUAUUGAUUUUUGAUGAGCUGAAAAGGCUUGCAGGAUCAAUCACAUCACUUCCCCAGCUGUUUGUUAAUCUCGAUCCUUGGCUAGAAGAAGUGAUUUGUAAAGGUAAGGGCUAGGUGUUAGAUUAUCGUUUCUGUUUUUAACUAUUUUGAUUCUCUGUGUAUGCUUUGUAGUUGGUACUGUGCAAAUGGAUAAACAUUUUCGAAUUCAUAUAUAUAUGUAUAAAUAUAUUAUUGUCGUUUA